CUAUAGGAAAAGCAUUGAUUCAGGUCUAUUAAUGCGCACUCUUUUUUCCUCCCUUUGUUUCUUUUGCCCAAUGCUUGUUUCAUCUCGUGAAUGUUGAUUAAAAAUUUAAUUUUAAAAUCUCAGAUUGAGUUUUUCUUUGAGUCUUAUUUACCCCAAAUCCUGCGAUUGUUUGUUUCCAAUCAUUAUUGUGAACUUGUAAUCAACCUUUAACCAAACAGGUACGGACAUACCUCACCUUUUUUUUCUUAUAUUUUAGUGGUGUUAAUACAAAGGGUUGAUCAGAAGAUGGCGUUACCGGAAUGCAAUUUCAAUUAAAAAAAUGUCUUUGUUUGUCUAUCUCUCAAUUUUUAAAAUAAGCGAGGUAUAAAUUAACGUGAGGUAAUCAAAAUUACAAUUGGUUUUGUAGCAAAGAGUGUAACCUGUUUUUGCAAAUUGUGGCCAGAAAAUGGAUUAUGGUGAAAGGCAUGUUAUCAUACAACAAGCUCAAGAUCCUAACACCGGAGAGGUUCUGGUUUUUCUUCAAGGUGAAGAUGGUGAGACCGUUUGUUUACCACCAGAAGCUCUUAAUGCCAACAUAGUUCAAAUGGAAGAUGAAGGUGGACAAGUUUAUACACUUGCCCUUCCUCAGGACGCUGAUGGUUCUUCCGUGGUUGUUGUUUCUGAGCCUGAUGAAACUGAAGGGGCCAUAGCAACUCUUGUAACUGAUGAAACUGCAACUGUUAUUGCAACUACAUCGUCUGCAUCUACACCGGCAACAGUUGAACUUGCUGGUACAGUGGAAACUAUUGAUACUUCGGGAGGAACCAUUAACAUUCCUUUGCAGUCAACAUCUAGUUCUGAUGAACAAAUAAUUGUUUCAGUGACUGAAGGUGAUUCUACCACUGAACACUCUACUCAAAUAGUUCAAUCUUUCGAUGCAUCUUCAUUGGAAACGUUACAAACCGAAGCCAUCUCUAUUCAAGAAAACGAUGUGUCUAUUUCAGAUUCCAAGACAAUUGAACAAGCCGAAACAGCUGAAACCAAUCAAAAGGAAUCCGAUGUAGGUGCAACUUUAUCUAUAGAAGUUGACGCAAUUGCUAUAGAUGACAGUAAAACAACGGAAGAAGUUAGCACGGUACAUGUUGAUGAAAAUAAUAGUGAAGAUAAAGAAGCCAGUCAAUUGGAUAAUGGUGAUAAUAUGAAUUAUGGUUCUUCAGUUAUCCAAGUUCAAGAUGCAAAUUCAACUACAUUAGAUUCGCUUGUAGCAAAUGCCAUGGUUACUGCCUGUGAUAGUAAUUAUGUCAUUAUGACCACUGGUGAAGACGGAGGAUUACCCAAAGAAAUAAAUUUGGCUGAUGUCAUUAAUGCUGGAUCUGCCUCUGGGCAGACGAUAUUUUUACAAACAAGUGAAGGCUUAGUUGCAUGUCAAGCCGCUACAACCGGCGAAGAUGGUUCGCUUCAAAUUGUUGCAGAUGGAUCAGGUAAUGCUGGUACAGUUAUCACCACUACUGAAUCUGAUCAAUCAUUUCAAGGCAUCCCCGGACAAACACUCGCAUAUACUUUAUCAUCUACUUCCUCUGGUAUUGAAUUAACUCCAGUAACUAAUGUUGUCUCAGCAAGUACUGCACCAAUCAAGAACCAGCUCACUACCGUGUCAUCUCGCUCUAGACCUACUCGUCAUUCAAAACCCCGAACUGUACCAAUAACAACGCCAACUGCACCGGCAACAAUGGGUGAAACUCUUCUUCUUCCUUCUAAAAAUAUCGUUACUUCUCCUAGCUUAGCUAUUCAGAGCAGUGCAUCGAGAAAACGAACCAUCACUACCAGAACAAGGUCAAAUGUUAGCGUUUCAAUCACUCCAUCAUCUUCAUUUACUACUUCCUCUUCACCAAUCAUACCAGUCCAACCCGAUGCUAUUCACUCGUCUUCUUCUGAUUUCACCACAUUAACCAAGUCAUCAUCAUCUGAUGUUGAUGCGUCAAUUUUGACUGAAGGAGUCUCAGGCCCAAGUCAACUUGCAGCAUCCCGUCGCACCUACAGUAAGAGAAAUAACAUUGUCUGGUUAAACCCAGAAACUACAAAUAUCUCCACCAAACGUAAUGACAAGUUACCUGAGGUGACUCUAAGUUCUGGAGAUGAUGCUUCCAAAGGGUCAGAUGAGUCGAAGAUUAAUUUACCCGCUAAAUCUAACGCUGAUCAAUCUAUAUCAUCUACUUCAACAAAAUAUACAGUUAAACCACCGACAUCUCUUACUGUCACUUCUCCAGUCACUGUAACUAACGUUCCAACCCUUCGUUCACCUAAAACAGUUACUGAGCCUACAAUUGAAACUAGUUCUAAUAAAAAUUCUCUUAGUCCGACUAAUGCAUCUAAGGGUAUAUUCACUAGAUCAUCAACGGUCAAUAAAGAUUCCGCGAAAACUAGUGAAAAGACGGACUCAAAUUCAUCUACAUUAUCUGGAGUAUCAUCAAUAAUUAAAGUCACAUCAGUACCUCAACUGGGCCGAAUAGUUACUUCCCCUGUAAAAGUUACUUCACCAGUUAAGCCAUCUUCACCCACUAAAGUAACCUCUCCUACAAAAGUCACUUCACCGGUUAAAGUAGGCUCACCUAUUAAAAACAAAGAAUCAAACGAUGUUGUUUCAGACUUUGCUCUCGCAGAUUCUGGAGACGCUGACUCAAACCCCACACCAGCAACUCCCAUUAAAUCACCAGAACGCAGUUCUCCAAUUAAAGUGACUUCCCCAAUUAGAAAUGAUUCUCCAACAAAAACUAAAGAACCGAAGGAAAUUGUGUUAGAUGCGGACCCUUCAGAUUUGGGCGAUAUAGAUAAAAUUCCAUCACCAGCAAGUCCUGUAAAAUCUCCUGAACGCAAUGCAUCUGCCAAACCUACUUCACCGGUUAAAAUAGGCUCACCUUCUAAAAGCAAAGAAUCAAGUAAUACUGACUUAGAUUUUGUCCCAUCAGAUUCUGGAGAUGUUGAUAUGGUCCCGCCACCAUCAAGUCCUGUUAAAUCGCCAGAAACCAUCACACAGCAAUCCCAAGAUACUUUGUCAACGCCCAACAAUGAAACAUCUGAUUCUGAACAACCUACAACCCGUAGCUUGAGAAAACGAAAGUUACCGCCAUCGACACCAAGCUCUCCUAUUAAACCUAUUUCUCCAACAAAAGUCACUCCAUCUGCUAAACUUGACUCACCUACGAAAAAUGUUGAUUUGAUUGACACUGGUAUAGAAUCAAGUAUCUCAGAUUCCGGCGAAGCUGAUGCUGUUCCUCCGCACACAAGUCCAGCUAAAUCCCCAGAACGCCCCUCAAUCAUGAAAGUUACAUCCCCGGUUAAAAGUCGUGAAGCCGUUGACACAGGCUCAGACUUUUCUUCUGGAGAUGUAGAUGCUAUUCCACCACCUUCCAGUCCGGUUAAAUCACCAGAACGCAAAACACCCAAAACUGUGACAAUUAUCGAACCUGUAUUAGAUACGCCUAAAACGCGAAGUUUGAGAAAAAGAAAGUUACCUCCAGUGAAACCAACCUCUCCUGUUAAAAGCACCCCUCCAGCUAAAGUUUCUUCACUGUCUAAAUCACGCUCAUCAUUGAAAAAUCAAGAAUCUAGUGACUUCAACAUACCAGACCAACCAAACAAAAUCAUCAAAAAAGUCAGUGAACCUGGCACAGAGGUGAUCCACUUCGAUUCUAUUUCUGAUAAGAAUGAAAAUGACAAAUCAAAAUUGAUUUCAGGAUUAUCUGAAUCUAGAGGCCCAAGUGAAUACUUUGAUUUUACCAAUAAUGAAUGUAGUUUCCAUAUUAGACAUCAAUCAGGUAGACUUACGCUUUCACCUCAUGGAAACGAUGGAAAUUAUACCUGUCAAAACAAAUGUGGCUACAGAACUUCACGUAUUAACAAUUUAAUUCUUCAUCAUAAAGAUCAGUGUACAGUGAUUAAAAUGCUAUGGCAAAAUGAAAUCAAUAAACAAACCCAAAAAACUUAUGUUAGGACACCGCCAUCAUUGAUGGAAAGAAUUUCUUCUAAAAAAGAUCAUUUAUAUGAUUCAGAUAUUUUACCAGAAGAAGAUGAUCAUGAUGAGAUGGAGGUUGAUGUUGAAUCUGAAGCUGAAACUCUUCCUGAUCCUGUGCAGUCUCGAAUGUUUAGCGCGCUUACCUCGAAAAACGCAACAGAUCAAGCCAUGCAUUCUGAUGUUGAAGACGAACCAGAUAGCGAAGAUAAUAAUGUUAAAAAGAAGUUUGGAUUUGAACCCAAUGAAAUUGUUUGGACUGCAUGGUCAGAUGUUCAUUGGCCUGCUCUUGUUUUGAGUAUUGACGAUACGGGCGAAAAUGUAACCUUACAGAUGAUCGAUAAUCCUUCUAAUAGAAAAAGUUUGACCGUGACAAUUGAUAAAGUUUAUUCUUUCAAUGAUGCUGAAAGAAAUAAAAAAUAUUUAUCUGAAGGAAAAAGUAUAACUGGGGACUCUAUAGUUAGAGCUGUACAAAAAGCUGAAGAUUACUCCAGAAAACGAUGUCUUGGAGAUGAAGUUGGUGCUGCAAAGCUGUUAGGAACCUUGGACGGCCAUUCCACUCGUUCAUUGGAGGAAGAAAGUGUCAAUGAUGAUAGAAAUGAUAAUUAUGAUAACCAUGAAGAUGACAUGGAAACAAAUGAUAAGGAUCCCAAUUACUGUCAAUUUGGCAGCAGUGGAAUUGAUUCGGAUCCUAAUGAUGAUUAUUUAGAUUUUCCUUCAUCUGAGACAAUUGCUCAACUUAAAGAGCGUAGAAGAACACAAAAUGCUAAAUUAUUAUUGAGCAUUAAAGAGGGUAAAGUCGAAAAUCAUUUGUUAGGUGUUUACAAAGAGACUAUUCAUAGUGACAGACAUCAAAAAUUUAAAUCUGGAUCGGAAGAUGACAAAAACCAGCUCAAAGCUGUUCCAUGGUUCGGACCAUUUGACGAUGAAGACCAACAAGAAGAAAUAUAUGACUAUUGUUCGCAAUUGUUUAAAAACAAUUUUACAUCAGAUGUAACCUUCGAUAUAGUUGCCUAUUUAUUCGAAGUUUGGGUUCCCGAGGCUAUUGUCAAGGCUAUAUCUAAAAUUCGCAUGGUUGAUAUGACUGAAGCUGAAGCUAUUUUCGCAAAAGGCGUUAUUUUAAGCAAAAGUGAAAAAGAUGAACUCGAGAAGGAAAUUCUAAAAGAAACGGAAAAGAAAACUAAUAAUAAUCAAGAGCAAAAUGAUAAGCCUUCAUAGUCAGAUGAAUUGAAUCUAACAUCAACCUCACCAACACAAACACAUCAAACCCUUCAGAAUCCAGCAUCCAAUUGAAAAUAUAUUAGGUUUAGUGAGCUUCUAAUAUUAACUAGACCUAUUAUCUCUAUCUCUAUUUCCCUCUUUCUCCUCUUCCUUUUCUAUUCUUUAUCUUUAUCUCUCCUUUUCUCUUGCUCUUUCUUUUUCUUUUCUUUUUGUCAUCAUGAAAAAUAAAACCUUGCUU